AGUUAGUUUGCUCCCAAGUAAUGUUGUUCCACUACAACAACCACGCUUCUACUGUUACUUAACAGUUCAGCUGUAUCUACUUAAGCUGAACACCUAUAUAAUCACCUCCAUCGCCAAUCUUUUCAUCGAUGAGUACAAGUCAAAAAACCAUAUACCUAUCACUUAUCCUGUUCUGUAUUUUACAAUAUCUACCUGACUAUUUCUAAAACAAACACGAAUUCCAAAUCGAGCAUCAUGGCUGACCAAGGUUCUUUGGUCCCCCCGCUGGGAAAGCUCAUUGUCGGCAAUGAAAACCAGAUUCUACUUGUCAAUUUCAACGGCGCCGAGUUCUCUAUAGCUGCCAGAUGUAUAAUCCCGAAAUGGUUGCCCAGUUCAAUAUUAUUCAAAGAGCCUAACUUGCUUUACGCUGUAAAUGAGAUAGGUAUGGAAACUAGCAUGUUGAGGCUGGUACCUAACACUCCGGCCAACGGUCCUCCUGUUGCACCUGACGCUAUAGGUUUCGACAAGCUUUCGUUCGUUAACAAUGCCCAGGGCUCACUUGGGGGCAACCACAUCGCGUUCAACGCCGACAAGACUCGCAUUGUUGAGACUUGCUACUCAAGCGGCAGAAUCGAUGUCUGGGACAUCUCAGGAGAGAGCAACCUCCCUGUUUUAAAAAAGAGUAUCCGGACUAGAACUGAAAAUGGCUACCAGUGGCCGCGUCAACGUAGACCAGGGCCACGUCAAGCCAUACUCGACCCGACUGGACGCUUUUUUAUUAUAUCGAAUCCUGGUACCAGUUCGUUACACGUCAUGGACACCCUGAAUGACAGGUACGAGAUCACGGGCAUUACCGCCGUACCCAACACAAUCUCACCGGAGAGUAUGGCUUGUAUCACACAUGGAGGAACGCACUACUUGGUGGUGGCAGGGGGCCUCUCUACUGCAAUCGCCUUAAUGAAAAUGGAGUACACCGAUGCUAUAAUCCGGUUCACCACGGUCCACUGGGGACACGCCGGUAGGAGAUGGGACCGAGGUGAGAUAAUCAUGUCGGCGUUCACAGGACUCGAAGUCGCCAAAAACCAGCGUGACGUUUACCUCUGGAAUCGAUUCCCAGGCGAGAACUCAGGCCACAUCGCACACUUUAGACUCACCGAAGACGGGGGCGUGGUAGGGCUUACUUAUGUCCACAACAUACCAACCCGCGACAUACAGCCGCGCAUGGUCAGUCUAAGUGGAGAUGACAACCAAGAGUUUGUAUUCGUGGCCAACGAGUAUGGGGAAUCGGGUCUCGUCGCAUUCAGGCGAGACCCGACGACGGGUAGGCUGGACCCGAACCCCGCCGCGACGUUUCCAAAUGAGCUUCUUGCUCCCUACGGAGCUUCACCGCAUGUGCUGAGAGGCGUUCAGUUUGUUCGUGAGCUUUAGUUUAAAUAUAAGUAGUUUUGCAAGAUAGACCAACCAAAGGGGAAGAAUGCUGGAUAGUUACCUAACCUACCCUGGGUAAAGUAGUUUCUGGGAUUGUGUUAUUCAUGAUAAAAGGGGAUUGCCCUUUAGUUAUGAAAAUACCACCCUUUUGUUGCGCAAUAUAAAGUAAUUGUUCUAUUAAUUAGG